CCAUAUCUUGUUUGAAACUGAAUCUGAAAUCUCACAAUCCUACACAAAGGGUUCUAUGCUCUCCUUUUAAGAACAAUAUACCACUAAUAAAAAAGAAAUGGAGAGUUGUUAGUUCAAGUCAACUAUAUACUAAAAACUAAGCUAAGAGGGAACCAUCAAAACUUGAGAGCAAACGACAAAAUUAGGAUUACCUCCAAUAUACUAAUAGACUUGAUCAAAGUCAUAAGGCACAAAAUUAGAUACUCUUUAUCUAUCGGUUUGAGUAGGUUAAAUAAAGAAUCGACCUAUUUCAGUAAAUCAAUCAAUGACUCCUCGUUUUAAGAUAGAAAUAGGUUGUGGUAGCUGCAAAAACAUAAACCUAAAGAGCCAAUAGCCACCAUUCUCCGUUGAACGACCAAAUUUUUAUCCACUCUGUCUUCAAUCUCAAGAGGCAUAUGUUUCAACCAAACAUUCACUUUUUAACUCUCCUUUUGCAACUCCAUUUUUGCUACUUUGAUGGACCUUCUCUCUGUGGCCCUCAACUUCUCUUCUAGUUGGGGUUCUUUGCCAACUCAUCUUCCUAAGGGGCAGUUGUAAUAAGUUCGCUAAAACAAACACUCAUCUCCAAUUCCAUCAAUAUGUUCAUCUCCCCCUUGCCUGCCUUCACUUGUUUCAGUCCACUUCCAUGCCCUUCAAUACCCUCUCCAUUUUUAUUACUAUGCUCAUCAUCCCUCAUUUCUCUCUCUUUAACUCCUCCAUUUUCGCUUCCAUGUCUUUCAGUACCCUCCUAGAUUCGCUCAGUACUCUCUUCUCCGCCUUCACCUGUUGCAGUGGAACUUUACCUGCUACUAAAUCCAAACACAAUUUCUUCCCCCCGCCACUUCCAUUCUCAAACUCAAUUCCAACUCUUCUACUCCAAGUUCAAAUCCAUAACUACUUGAUCGAACUCCAUUCUAUUCGCCAUGGAUUGAUAUCGGAUUUGAAAUUUUCUGUUUGCCCAGCUUAAAUCCCUAAGAAUAAAACGGUCGUGCCAAGAGAAACCGGAAGAUUAAUUUUCAAAUGCGCCCCUUGUACUGGGAAGUGAAAGGGCCAAACUAUUGCAUGAUGGAGGGACUUUCGGAGGAAGUAAGAAAGAGAUAACACGUAGUAAAAGAAAUAGUUUCUUCCAUGUUAGCCAAUUACAAAUUUAGUAAGCAAAAAUUAAAAUUACAUGAAACUCUACUAUGGAAAUUGAAGUAUUAACUAUUAACUUAAGCACCAUAAAAAUACAUAUGGUAGACUUAGUGGGCUUGUUGAUCAUGAUGUAAAAAUCAUUCACUUUCCAGAGUUUAACUUAGUGUAUGUUUUGUAUUCAAAUAGAAACAAUAAAUUUAUUUAGUGUAAUUGGUUAUGAUUGUUGUCUUUGUUUGAAAAGACCAGGGUUCAAAUCUUGGUAUUGAUAUUUUUUAUUUGAAAUAAUUAAUUAAUUGUAAAGACAAAAACGUCCUUCCUACUUUCACUCUCGUUAUAGAAAAUUUGAAAUGGAAAAAAUUACACAAAACUCUACCAUAUAUUAAUGGAGGAUAUAUAUAUUAUUAUAGUCCGACCCGUGGGCCGAAAGAAGAUGUUGUGAAUUUGGUAAAUUGCAAUCUAACAUAAUACAUGUGUUGUGAGGUGUCCAUAUGCAUAACUAAUGCAUAUUAGUGAUUGGCAUUCACCUAAGAUAAAAAUAAUCAUAAAGACCUCUAUUUUAUUAGUUUGAAGAUCACUAUUUGAAAUUUUACAUUUUUUAUAUGAAUUACGACAAUAAAAAAAUAUGUUGGGUUCAAUUGGAAUAAAAACCUUUGUGUACAAAAUCAUGACUUGAUACGAAGUGUGAAUAGCUCUAAUGGAAGAGCUAGCAAAAGCAGGCUUCUCAAACCGUGACCGCUUUGCCACCACUGAGUUCAGUCCAUCACAAAGAUCAAAAUCGUCUAUGAAAUUAAAAUAGACUUGUAAGGUGUGGUUUGGAUUUGGAUUACAUAGUUAAGCAAAUGAAAAUUGACAAAAAAAAUGACAUUCUUUUUUUGUUGACCUUGCCUUUGAUUUUGAUUCCAUAAGCAAGAUGGAGAAACUUUAUAUAACCUCAAACUUUAUAUGACCACAUUUUGAUCCCAUAAGGAAGAGAAUCUAAUAGUGUCAUUAGGAAGCUCUUCUGAGAGCGGCUCCGUAAGUUAUUUCCUCUUGAUGCAUCUAACUUCAUAAUAUUCACAACAAAAAAUCACAGUCACGCUUGUGAAAUUUGGAUCCAUCUCUUGAAGUAAAGUGACACAAACUCUGUUUCUUACUUCGAUCCAUCAUUGUACUUGUACAACUUCGCAAAAACCAGUUCCCUUGUGACAUUUGGUACAUCCCCAACUCUGCAGUUCAUUUCCAAAAGUUGCCGACUUUGGUUAGUAAACAACAACUUAUAGUAAACAUAAACCUGAAUGGAUGAUAAGAUGUAACUUUCAAGCAACAGUUAAUAAUGAAACUAAUUUAAAAGGAAUCAUCCAUCUGUGUUUCACCUAUUCAAAGGGCCUAAACAUAACUUUUAAGCAACAUCCUAAAAAGCAUAACAAAAGGAAAAAAGAAGAGUUUGCAGAAUUGCAGCUUUAAAAACGACAUCACUAAACACUGAAAAAAUGAAAACAACAUGAAUAAGGUAUUUAACCAUAACCAUCAUUUUGGAGAAAAUCCAUAACCAUACUCAACAUCAUAUUACUCUCCCAAUUGAAUGGUGCCAACUAUAGAAUCAGUCACCAAAAAGUACAAAUAUGGAGUAAAAAGGUUAUUCUGGACAUGGAAGAGUAAUUAUCCCCCUUUUAUCAUGGAACCACUACUGCUAUUUAAGCUAAAAAGGUAGCAUGAGUUGAGUUGCUCACCAGCAUGCAUAUGAACAGGGAAACGCCAAAUAUAAGAACCAACUCAUUCCGAACCAAUAACUCAACGCAAUGAAACUUAGUUUUGAAU